UAUUUGGCACCGCCAUCGGAGGAGAAGUCUGACCAUAAACAGUUAAUUUUGAAUUAAACGACAAGCGAUAUGGAUCGGGUGCCACUUUUUUUCUCAAAAUAAAAAGAAAGAAAUGGCACGAGCAAGCAAAGAGCCGUGCAAGAAAGAAGCUUGCGAUAUUCAAGCUUGUCUCUCCAAAAACAACUUCCUCCCUCAGAAGUGCCUUAAAGUGAUAGAAAAUCUGCAGUCUUGCUGUGUGAAAUGCGAUUACAAGUCAACACAUUGUGCUUCGGUGUCUGGCCUUCUGAAGCAAAUGCCCAAGUGAGGCCACAAUCUUCAUAUUGCCGUCUAGAGGAAAGGGAUUGCUGUCUUGUCUGUUCUCUUCUAGAGGAAUACAACAGCAUCAAAAUGUCACGAGUUUUACAUCAUGGGAUACUGCAAUUCAAUAUGUUCUGUUUCUCCAAGUAGAGGUAUAUGUGAGAAUCUGAUUCUAUGCCAGGUGCUGUAAAUUGUGGAAGAGAAUAUUUAGCCAGAGACUAUUCUGUAUCCUCUGAAGGGGAAAAAAAAGAGAAGCUAGAAUAAAGCUCGAAAACUUGUCAUG